AUGCGGGCCAGCGGGCUACCUUGUCACCCUCAGCCCCAGGGCCAGCGGGCUACCUUGUCACCCUCAGCCCCAGGGCCAGCGGGCUACCUUGUCACCCUCAGCCCCAGGGCCAGCGGGCUACCUUGUCACCCUCAGCCCCAGGGCCAGCGGGCUACCUUGUCACCCUCAGCCCCAGGGCCAGCGGGCUACCUUGUCACCCUCAGCCCCAGGGCCAGCGGGCUACCUUGCUACCCUCAGCCCCAGGGCCAGCGGGCUACCUUGUCACCCUCAGCCCCAGGGCCAGCGGGCUACCUUGCCACCCUCAGACCCAGGGCCAGCGGGCAACCUUGCCACCCUCAGCCCCAGGGCCAGCGGGCUACCUAUGCCACCCUCAGCCCCAGGGCCAGCGGGCUACCUUGCCACCCUCAGCCCCAGGGCCAGCGGGCAACCUUGCCACCCUCAGCCCCAGGGCCAGCGGGCUACCUUGUCACCCUCAGCCCCAGGGCCAGCGGGCUACCUUGCCACCCUCAGCCCCAGGGCCAGCGGGCUACCUUGCCACCCUCAGCCCCAGGGCCAGCGGGCAACCUUGCCACCCUCAGCCCCAGGGCCAGCGGGCUACCUUGCCACCCUCAGCCCCAGGGCCAGCGGGCUACCUUGCCACCCUCAGCCCCAGGGCCAGCGGGCUACCUUGCCACCCUCAGCCCCAGGGCCACUGGAAUAACUGAGUUUUCCACUAUGGCUUCAGAUUUCCACAUCUCUCACCAUCUCCCCAAGUAUGUAAACAGUGAGGAUUGCCAGCAGAAACAGACAAACGUGUGCAGGGUGUAA